AUUUAUCUCCCUCCUCUUCCCCGUUACCUGGUCUUCCCCAACGGUGCUCCUGCGAAUUGAGAUCCAAGGGAGGGUUCUUUCUGCUCCCUAGCUGCUGCCCUGCUCUGUCCCGCAAUGCAACCAAACACUCGAGCUGAUGCAAAAGAGGCUUCUUUUCGUUUUCUGACCCAAACUUUCGCUUAACUAACCGAGUCCAAAAAGGUUUCUCCGGAGCGAAAACGUAACCGUAACUCUGCCCCACAAGUGCGAAAGGAGAGUGAGGGUUUUGCAAUAGCUAAGAGAGACGGAUGGACGAAGAUCAAAUUCUGGGAUUUGUUACUACGUACCUGAGGAAGAAAGGGUUUACGCAAACAGAGCACGCAUUUCAGGAGGAGCUGCAACAGAAUAAGAACACUUCCUCCGCUAAUUCUCUUAUCGAACCUGACAUUGCCAAGCACAUCCUUGCCUUCUCCAAGUUAGAAAGUGGUCCUGCAAGAUUUCAUGAUGGGUAUAGCAGGCUCAGAUCAUGGGCAUAUAGUUCAUUGGAUUUGUACAAGCAUGAAUUAUUGCGUGUGCUUUAUCCGGUGUUUAUUCAUUGUUUUAUGGAUCUUGUGGCAAAAGGGCAUAUUCAAGAAGCUCGGAACUUUUUUAAUACCUUCCGUGAAGACCAUGAUAUGAUGCACUUACGAGACCUUCAGAAGUUGGAAGGUGUUCUUUCUCCUUCUCAUCUGGAGGAAAUGGAAUUCGCUCAUUCCCUUAGACAGAUCAAAUUUAACAUAAAGAUAUGUGAGUAUUCCUAUGAACUUCUAUUGCAACAUCUCCACAGUACGCAGUCCACCACCAUACUUGGUAUAAUUAAUGAGCAUAUUGACUUCCAAGUUACUCCUGGACAACCUAGCUCAAUUUCUGAUGAUCCAGAGGCUGUUACUCUUGCUGGAAGCAGCCAGGAUGCAGCAAAUCAGAUAAAUCAGAAAGAAAUACAUUGGGGGUUGCUUGAAGACUCUCUAGAAGAACGCCUGGAGAAGGCUGGUGCUUUGCUUUCAGAUUCUGAAAAGGGGGAAGGGGAAGCCAAAGAAGGGGAGAAUGAAGAGAAUAAGAAAAGAUCAAUUGAAGGAGGAAAGCAAGGUGCUUCAAUCAAGAAAGUAAAGAAGGACAAGGGUGGGACUGCAUCAGGGAAAAGUGCAAAACCUGAUGCUAAUACUGUGCCUGCAGCGCCACGUGUUAAACCAGAACUCCCCUUGCCCAUAAUUCCAACAGAAGUAGAGCAGUCUAUCCUUGAAGAUUUAAGGAACCGUGUACAAUUGAGUAGUGUUGCACUGCCUUCAGUUAGCUUUUACACGUUUCUCAAUACGCAUAAUGGUUUAAGCUGCUCAUCAAUAUCCCAUGAUGGUUCAUUGGUUGCUGGAGGGUUUUCUGACUCAUCACUGAAGGUUUGGGAUAUGGCAAAGCUUGGACAACAGACUGUCAGUUCUCUUUCACAGGGUGAGAAUGACUCAUCUCAAAAUGAACAAAUACUUGGGCAAAGUGGUGGGAGAAGACAGUAUACAUUAUUUCAAGGUCAUUCAGGGCCAGUUUAUGCAGCCAGUUUUAGUCCUGUUGGGGAUUUUAUUAUUUCCUCUUCAGCAGACUCAACUAUUAGAUUAUGGAACACAAAGCUUAAUUCAAAUCUUGUUUGCUAUAAGGGCCACAACUACCCUGUCUGGGAUGUUCAGUUUAGUCCUGUGGGGCAUUAUUUUGCCAGUGCUUCACAUGAUAGAACUGCUAGAAUUUGGUCCAUGGACAGGAUACAGCCUUUAAGAAUAAUGGCAGGGCAUUUGUCAGACGUUGAUUGUGUGCAAUGGCAUGCCAACUGCAACUACAUUGCUACUGGCUCCAGCGACAAAACAGUUCGAUUAUGGGAUGUGCAGAGUGGGGAGUGUGUCCGGAUUUUCAUUGGUCAUAGGAGCAUGAUUUUGUCUUUGGCAAUGUCUCCUGAUGGUCGCUAUAUGGCAUCUGGUGAUGAAGAUGGUACAAUCAUGAUGUGGGACCUCUCUAGUGGUAGCUGCCUCACGCCUCUGGUUGGUCACACCUCAUGUGUCUGGACACUCGCUUUCAGCUGUGAAGGUACCCUUCUUGCAUCUGGAUCUGCUGAUUCUACUGUGAAGUUAUGGGAUGUGACUACCAGUGCAAAACUUCCAAGGACUGACGAAAAGAGCGGGAAUACUAACAGACUCAGAUCAUUGAAAACUCUGCCGACUAAAUCUACUCCUGUUUCGUCGUUACGGUUUUCUCGGAGGAAUCUACUUUUUGCAGCCGGAGCUCUUGCAAGAAGUGGUUAAACUAUGCUUUUAUCAAGCAAUAACAUUUUGUCAGGAUGCUGAAGAACCACCGUGUCCGAGAUCUUCACUUUAUUGUCAUGGUUUCAUACAUUUUGAAAGUUCUACUUUGUGCUGGCUGGCUGACUCGCCGGACACGUCACGUGGAUGUCGAGUAUAGGACAAUCUAAGCUCGUCUUUUGGGGUUUAGAAACCUUCUAUUGGCUGCUUUGAUGUAUUGAGGUUCCUGCUUCUACUUAGUUUGCUCUCUCUCUCUCUCUCUCUCGGUCUAUUUUGUAUGGCUUGAAGUUGUAGUCUUUGUAUUUAAAAUUAGAGAGGAAGGUUCUGCAUGAAUUCAUGAUGCUCCACUUGAGGGAUAUGAGGAAAUAUUUUAGGGUUUCUGCUAACCUGUGAAUGAAUUUUGGGUCAUGAUUUUCUUGACUGUAAAAUUUAUUUCUGGACACAGCUAAAAGAUAUUUGCCAAUAUUUGUAUACUUUACUUUGAUUGUUA